AUGUCCGACCGCGCCCAAACACUGACCAGCCAGGACCUGCUCGCCUCGCAGACGUCGCUCGUCUCCGCCGCCGCCGAGGCCCUCCCGCAUGCCUUCACCGCCUGCACGCACCCGCUUGGGCCCGUGCGGCAGGCCAUCUACCUCUGCCUCUCCUGCGAACCCGGCAAGCCCAAGGGCGUCUGCGCGGCGUGCUCGAUCGCGUGCCACGCGGAUCACGAGCAGCUCGAGCUCUUCCCCAAGCGCACGUUCCGCUGCGACUGCCCCACGCGCGCCUUCCCCGCCUCACAUCGAUGUACUUUGCACACCGCCGCGGAGCCUAUAAAUGAGGGAAAUAGAUAUGGACAAAACUUCCGCGGUGUGUUUUGUCGGUGCGGGAGGAAGUACGACGUGCGGAGGGAGCGGGAGACGAUGAUCCAGUGUCUUGCCUGUGAGGACUGGUUCCACGAGUCCUGCCUCAACCUGCGCGAGCGCCCGCCGUCACGGGAGCCAUCACCUGUACAGGAAGGCGAAGGCGACGAUGACGUGUCCGAGUCCGAGUCGGAUGGCCUCCCGCUGCCCCUGCUAUCCGAGGAAGACUACGACACGCUCGUGUGCGGCGCGUGCGUGCGCGAGAUACCGACGCUGCGCAGGUGGGCGGGGACGCGCGGGGCGAUGAUGGUCGUGAGGGACGCGGAUGCGCAGCCGUGGAAGGCUAUUGGGCGGGAAGACGACGCGGAUGGGCGUGAAGGCAAAGUCGAGGUGCAGGAGAGUGAGGAACGGGAGACCCAGACGGGGGAGAAACGGCCGCGGGAGGGGGACUGCGACGAGGGAGGGAGUAGCAAGCGGCUGCGCGCGUCCCCGUCCCACGCGUGCUUGGCUCCGCCUGCUCACCCAACCGCUCAAGCACUCUUCGACUCCCUCGACGCGAACCUCGGCGCAGGCGACGUGUUCCUCACCGAGGGCUGGCGAGGGCGGUGGUGCAGAUGUCCUUCCUGUCUGCCGAGCCUCGAAGCGCGCCCGUACCUCCUCGAGGAAGAGGAGACGUACGAGCCGCCUGAGGAUCCCGACUCCGGCCUCUCCCUGGAAGAGCUCGGCAUGCGCGCGCUGAGCCGCCUCCCGCGCGAGCGCGCUCUGGACGGGAUACGCGCGUUCAACGAGAUGCGGGACGGCCUGAUGAGCUACCUGCGCCCGUUCGCGGCGGAGGGGCGGGUCGUCGCGGAAGAGGAUGUGCGCGCGUUCUUCGAGGCGCGGGGUGGGGAGGGGGCGGCGCGGUAG